GCCAGAUUGGAUGGUUGCUCUGAGGAACCUGGGAUAGUGGAAAGUGUCCCUGCCUAUGGCAGGGGUUUGGAAAGAGGUGAUGUCUAAGGUCCACCGGGGAGAAGGUCGGCAUUGUACCCAGCUGUCAGAGAUAAAGAUGGAUACAAACCGACUGGCACAAAAGACAUUUAUUCUCCACCCCCUGGGCUCGGAGGCCGGAUGCUGUCUCUGAUUUGGCUUGUUGGGAAACACUACCCUGGCUCUUGCCUGCUCAGAUCGGGGCUGUAGUGGGGCACCUGAGAGCUGCUGCGGCCUUCAGCUGGGAUCAGAGCGACUGCUGCACAGCAAAAGGCCGUGGCAGCAACAGAAUCACUUAGGUUGGAAAAGACCAAGUUCAACCUGUGACUGAACACCGCCGUGCCAAGCAGACUAUGGCACUGAGUGCCAAGUCCUGUCUUUCCUUAAACUCUCUGAAGGACGGUGAGGUGACUCUAGCGCCGCCCCGGGCAGCCGUCCCAAGGCUUGCCCACCCGCGCUGCGAGCGGAUUCUCCCCGCUGUCCGACCGUUCCUCCCGGCCGCCAGGCGCCGCGCGCGCCCGACUGGCACCCGCGCCUCAGGGGCGGCGGCGGGGCCAUGGCGGACCGGUUGACGCAGCUGCAGGACGCCGUCAACUCGCUCGCGGACCAGUUCUGUAACGCCAUCGGAGUGCUGCAGCAGUGCGGCCCGCCGGCCUCCUUCAGCAACAUCCAGACAGCCAUAAACAAGGAUCAGCCCGUGAACCCCACGGAAGAGUAUGCCCAGCUGUUCGCAGCUCUGAUCGCUCGCACUGCCAAGGAUAUUGAUGUUCUCAUAGAUUCCCUGCCUAGUGAAGAAUCCACAGCAGCUUUGCAGGCUGCGUGCCUGUACCGGCUGGAGGAGGAGAACCACGAGGCAGCGGCGCGACUGGAGGAGGUCGUGUACCGUGGGGAUGUGCUGCUCGAGAAGAUCCAGAGCGCCCUGGCCGACAUCGCCCAGUCGCAGCUGAAGACGCGGAGCGGCGCCCACAGCCAGCCCCUGCCCGACUCGUAGCGCCAGGGGGCACCGCGGCCCUUCCCAAGAUACACCGGGAAUGGAUGGGCUGCCUCGCGCUCUGCUCCGCCUCGGGAGCGGCGGUUUGGGCCCAGCUCGGCUGCGGGUUUUGUGUGAGAAACGCUUUUGUAAGGGCUCUGUUACAGAUCUGCGUGGGUUUAUGUUUCUUUGACUUACAGCGAGCUUUCUGUUCACAAAUAUUACUUCAAUCGAAUUCGUUGAAAUAAACCUGCAGGUAUCUGA